CAUUUGAACGACAUCUGCGCAUGCGUCGCACUCCGCUCGCUUUUCUCGAAUCGCGCGCACCGACGACAAACACGCGCGCGUCGCAUCAUGUCGUGGCUUCCCCCGCCCUUUGCACCCUCUCAACCCCAUUUUAGUCCACACUUCCGACGACAGCAUACGACGACAGGGCCUCACAGAUUGCUUUAUUUAGACAUUUAAGCGCAGGACAUGUAAAAUCAGCUGACAACAUACCGUACCCAUUGAUAUGGUCGGAUGCUAAGUUUUCCCGAAGAAAAUGUGACACAUUUUUUUCGAAGCUUGUGGUCUCCUGCGGCACAACACCUUCAUACCUGUCCUGGUGUCAUGACGUGGAUCUAAGGAGCAAUCCCAAUGACGUUCCACGAAUACAGGAACUGCUCCUGGUACCAUGGAUGACUUUGAGACACCACCAGUGGUAUACCCGUGCCCGAUAUGCGGGCGAAAGUUCCGUCCAGAGGCCCUGGAAAGACACCAGCACAUAUGCGAGAAAUCGAAGAAUAAGAAGCGAAAGGUGUUCGACUCGUCCAAGCAACGAAUUGAAGGAACAGAAAUAACCCAGGUGAAUAAGCAUCAACCUCCAGAUUCUAAACACACCAGGCCAAAACCGAAGGCAGAUUGGAAAGCAAAGCACGAAGAAUUAGUCAGGACCAUACGAGCAGCAAGAGGUGAAACUAUCAGGGACGCUGAAGACGAGUGCAGCAGCGGAGGGAAACUCUCACUACCCGCAGGCUAUGUUGAAUGUCCGACGUGCAACCGGAGCUUUAGCGAGCGAGCGGCAGAAAGGCACCUCGCUUGGUGUCAAGAGAAGAGGGAAAGCGAGAGAAAAGAGUGGAAAGGGAGCGGAAAGAGUCCUGCAAGUGCAGAAGCUGCAGAAAGACUUAAAGCAAGAACGAAGUACAAAGUACCCUUGCCCUCAAAGAAAGGAAAUGGUGGAGUUAAUGACAGAUCCAGAUUCACGAAGGAGAAGACGACAUCUGGAACCCUGCACGAGCGCCAAAGGACAAAGUCCUCACCCUCAAUGUUGGAAGCGGCUGGAACGAGGACGGGUGCUCCCAAGAGGGUAACAAACAGGAGGACGAAACCCGUGGCAGAAUCAAGUGCAAGAAAAUCUAAAGGUGGAAGCGUCAUGAAAUUCAAGGAGAAAUUCCCAAACCACGUCAGUACAAGAUAUGGUGAAGACGGUUACGACCCGUACAAGAAAGCCGAUAUGCAAAUGCGCGAACUGAUGCGCGUUGCACCACCUGCCGUGGCCAAAAGCCCCAGGACUGUACCUGGAGUGCGUACUGGGGGCAGCAACACGUCCAAUACCCUGGGAAGUGAAGGCAGUAGCCCUAGCAAUUUUAGCAGUUCUUCUGAAAACCGCCUGGAUGAAGAAAUGAACUACAUCAACAUGAAAUUAGCUAAUCUCGGUCGACCUGGCUUCAAGGGAGAAUUUACCAAUAACUGGGCAAAACGUAUCACUGAGAGCGGCCACGGCGUGGUCUCGAGCGACAGCGAAGUCCCAGUUGGCAGCAGCGGUAGCGACGGUUCUGUGACUUCGGCCCCUACCAACGGAAACCUGGACGACCGGUUGCCGUCUUUCUGCCACCAGUGUGCAACCGUGUACCCUGUACCGGACGCCAAGUACUGCUACGAGUGUGGCGUCAGAAGGCUGGGCGUGCUAGCGCUCCUGGGACAAUGAAGUGUGAUCUGCCUUUGUGGUACAGCCAUCCUUGUCGAAGUGGCUAAUGCAGAUUUCUGUUAACAUGCCAAUGAUUACUGCGCGAAUAAUGGAGAAAAACGUGUUGAUCCGUAAUUGCGUGUGUCGUACGCCAGCAGAUGAUGAGUGGAGUGGGUUGGGUUAGAUUAGAUUAGAUUAGAUUAGAUUAGAUUAGAUUAGUCGGAAUCUAGAAUGUACCCACGCAAUUCAGGAAAACACUACGAGGUGUGCUUCGGUCCCUUACGUCUUAUGGGUUGUGUUACAACUUGAUACAACAAGUUGGUAUCGUA